AUGGCUUCAGACGUCGGGAGCCCCAAGCGAGAGCUCACCCCCACCGCGUCCCUCUCGUCCAUCCCUCAGAAGCGCGCCUUUGACGAGGGCCACAGUCCCGCCGUGCCGUCACCGCUCAAUCCAGACGUCAAGCCCUCGUCCGAAGCUCAGCAUGCCGACGAUGCGUCACAAUCGGGGCGCUCCAAGCCGGUCAGGGCAAAGAAGGACACCCUCAAGAAGCGCGAGGCCAAAGGCGGCGAUAGCAAUCCCGCCACUCCAGAUCCCAAGGCUGGCCGCGAGCCCGAGCCGAGCGAAAACAGGCCUCUUCGGUAUAAGCUAGCGCCGCCAAAGUUGUCGGAUUUCGAUCCUGCUCGCGGGCCUGUAAUGACUCUGCAUCAUCGGGUCGAUGGGCCUGACGGACAGGCAAUUGAAUUCAUGGAAACGUCUGAUCAUGUCUUCAAUAAGAAAAACUUUCGCUACACCCCGUGCAUUGCCGACCCUCUAUUUCCUGCAACACUAUACUAUCGACAAACCGAACCAGAGCCAUUCGGGCCGAGGAUGAGCUUCGAGGAUGCCGCAACACACGUCUUUUUCGAUAAUUCUGGCCGACAGGUGACUACUGAUAAAGGCUUUCGAAUGGCGAGGGCCAAUGUAGCCGUGCGCGAAGGGAGAUGGUAUUGGGAGUGCAGAGUUACACAGGGCAUACAACAGCCAAAGGACGGCGACGCAAAGCCCGUUGGCGGCCGACACGUGCGCAUGGGCUGGGCUAGACGAGAAGCAUCGCUCGAUGCCCCUGUUGGCUUCGAUGCUUACAGCUAUGGUAUUCGAGAUGUAGCUGGCGAAAAGGUCUUCAUGUCUCGGCCGAAAGAAUUCUUUCCUCCCGGCGAGGGCAUACGGGAAGGCGAUGUCAUUGGCCUCGAGAUUCAGCUGCCCUCGGAGCAUUUGCAUAGGAAAAUCAUGGCUGGGCACUAUAACCCUGCUGUGGAUGCUGCCGAUGAAUCACCGCCGCCAACCGCAGAAGCCGCCAACAUUGUACGAGACCGAGUGCCAAUCCGAUUCAAGGCGCAUACGUAUUUCGAGAAGAUCGAAUAUCAUACCACCAAAGAGCUAGAAGACCUCAUGAAUCCUUCGCCAGCAGUAUCAACAAGCUCUUCCACAGACGCUCCAAGCCCGACGCACCCUUUGCCUGCCCUGCGCACCCUCCCCGAGUCCUACAUCAGAGUCUACAAAAACGGCGUACUAAUGGGAACACCGUUUGAGAAUCUAUUAGGGUUCCUCCCUCCCGCGUCAAAACCAAUGCCCCAAGUCGGCGCCCGGGAAGGCCUCGACGACGGCAUGCUGGGGUACUAUCCCGCCGUGAGCGUUUUCAGGGGUGGCGCCGUGGAACUCAACUUUGGACCAGAUUUCUGGUACCCGCCAGCGGAUUACGAUUCUACCAAUGGCGAAGUGGACAUGAUCCAGCCCGAUGGGCUGAACAAAAACUCUUUGCAUGCCGUCGUCGAGCGUUACCAGGAGCAGAUUGCGGAAGACGUUGUGUACGACAUCAUUGACGAAGUGGACUUUUGGAUGGAGGACGGCGGUGGUGCUACGAAUCAGACGGGCGCCGACGAGAAGAGCAAGGACGUAGUCAUGGCGCCUGGCAGGGAAGAGAUUAAGGAACUGGUGCAAGAUGACUGA